AUGGGCACUGGCAUGGGUUUAAUGUUUGCUAUGGGUCUCCCGCUAGCGCACCCACAGGAGACUCGCCAAGGCCCCCGAGGCGAGCGUGACCGCGGUGCCGGAAGCCACGAGAACCACCCGUUGCGCAACAAUGCGAACGCCAUGAUCGAUACCCGUUCCGAUGACGCCAGCGACGGCGCCCGAGGUCCAGUGGGGAGGAGUCAGCUCUCCGCCGAUAAGCCGGACAAGGAGGGCAAGGUCGGCCGGAAGUUGGGUGGAAAUUGA